GAACCAGUUGUCUAUGGCGCUGCCUGAAUGUUAUCUACAUCACUGAUUUUCUGUUUUCGUUCUCCUACAAUAUCCUUAUUACUGGAUUCAACGAUUUUCUUAUUGCACCACUAUAAUAAGAUUCAGCAAUGACGAUAGUUAUUGGGUUCGAAGGCAGUGCUAAUAAGGUUGGGGUUGGCAUUGUGAAGGAUGGCGUGGUUCUGGCCAAUCCUAGGAGAACAUACAUCACACCUCCUGGUCAAGGUUUUAUGCCCAGUGACACAGCUAAGCACCACCAAGCCUGUGUCCUUGAUGUGCUACAGGAGGCUCUGGAAGAGGCAUGCAUCAGACCUGAAGAUAUAGACUGUGUUUCGUACACAAAAGGUCCUGGCAUGGGUGCCCCAUUGGUUUCUGUGGCAGUUGUGGCUCGAACAGUAGCCCAGCUAUGGAAUAAGCCUCUCUUAGGAGUAAACCACUGUAUUGGGCACAUUGAAAUGGGCCGUCUUAUUACUGGAGCCAAGAAUCCUACUGUCUUAUAUGUCAGUGGAGGAAACACCCAGGUGAUUGCAUACUCUGAGCAUAGAUACAGGAUAUUUGGAGAAACCAUAGACAUAGCAGUUGGGAACUGUUUGGAUCGCUUUGCCCGAGUUCUAAAGAUCUCCAAUGAUCCCAGUCCUGGCUACAACAUUGAACAGAUGGCUAAAAGGGGUAAAAAGUUCAUAGAACUGCCAUACACAGUAAAAGGAAUGGAUGUGUCCUUCUCUGGUAUUUUGUCCUACAUAGAAGAUGCUGCUCACAAGAUGCUAAAAGCUGAGGAGUGCACCCCAGAGGACCUUUGCUUCUCCUUACAGGAGACCAUCUUUGCUAUGCUGGUAGAGAUCACAGAGCGAGCCAUGGCGCACUGCAACUCCCAGGAAGUCCUCAUCGUUGGAGGAGUGGGUUGUAAUGUCCGGCUGCAGGAGAUGAUGGAAGUCAUGUGCAAUGAAAGAGGAGCAAAACUGUUUGCUACUGAUGAGAGAUUCUGCAUCGAUAAUGGAGCAAUGAUUGCACAGGCUGGUUGGGAGAUGUUUCGAUCAGGAGUUACUACCACACUUGACCAGUCUUGGAUAACUCAGAGGUAUCGGACAGAUGAGGUGGAGGUGACCUGGAGAGACUGAAGACCAUUUUUGUAAAAUGCUUGCCCAGUACGUUUGCAGGGUUAUGAGGCAUAUGAAUUCUGGCCUCACGGUAGUCCAUGUCUUUGUCAUCUUGACAAAAAAAAAAAAACUUUAGAGCACCAACAGACUGGUGCGAGUCUCAUGAGCUGGUUGAGGGCUACCUUUACAAAGCACUGCAGUUGUGCUAAUUGUUAAUUGACUUAGAUUUGCAAGACAUCCAUGAAGAACUGUGAGUACUACUCUUGGUUGACCAGCUGUGUUUUUUGUGGAGAAAAGCGUGAUAGAUGCAGCUAUCUGAGCUGAUGUCUUACAGUAAUGUUUGGAAACUAUUUAGCCAGGUUUGGUCAUCAGUUUACUUUGAGAAUGUAAAGUUUAGCCUCAGUUAUGCAGCAAAAUUUCCAACUGCAGUUUUAUCUCCUAAUAUGAAAAUUAAUUGUUUUCAUAUUUCUGUUUGGAACCAACAGUCUGCAUUUUUAGCAUUUCUUAUGUUUCCAAAUUUGGAUAAUCUUUUUUCCAUGUAUAGCUGUCUGGUUAAACUACAUGGUUUUGUUAUACUUUUGCAGACAUGUAAAAGGAAUAUGGAAAUGGGAGCUAUCACGAGAGCUGCUUCACUGUUUUAGAAUAAAAAUGGACAGGAAGAUUCUUCGA